AUGCACUUCAACAUCCUCCUCACCCUGUCCACCCUGACGGCUCUGAGCAGCAACGCCGCAGCUCAAUCCCCUCUCGACCUCCUCAAUGUCCUCGGUCCAGCAAGCAGCCAAGUGGUCCCAUCCAGCCAAACCCCAGGCCCAUCCAGCACGCCCAUCCCAACCUUCGUGAAGAGACUAGCUACGCCAACUGCUUUCCCCUCAACGACACCUGUUGUGUCUACCCCAGUGCCACACAUUACUCCCUCCAAGACACCUAGCUCGUCCAGUGGGGUGCCACACGCCAGCGUCUUGCCGCUUUGA